UGGUUUUAUGUUGGCAGGCAGAGAAGAGGGUAAGUAGAACCCUAGAAGUGGUCGCUCUGGUUUUGAAAUUGGGCAAGAAAAUGGCGAGUAAAACCCUAGUUCAGUCUGGCGCUGCGUUGAUGAAUCGAUUGUUGAAUAACAAGUCCCGCAUUCUUCCUCCUAAUCUUAAUCGUCAGUUUCUACACACUGCCAGCGUUGAUUCAGCUCCAAAGCUCUUCCCAUCACAGUCCCAUCUCAUCACCAACAUCAACACUUGCCCUGCUAUUUUUCGCCCAAACAACAUCGUACCACCCGAUACCCAGGAAUUCCUGCACCCUUGUGGCCUUCCUUAUCUUCCCUUCUUCCUCCCUGACGUUGAUGGAUCUUCUUCAAGUGAACCAAUGCUCUUAUUUCCCAAACGAACAUAUCAACCCAGCACCCUUAGGCGCAAAAGGAAUCAUGGAUUUUUGGCUCGCAAAGCAACAAAGGGUGGCCGUAGAGUAAUUGCCCGACGAAUUGCCAAGGGCCGGGCAAGAAUUACGGCGUAGGGAGCCUACUGUCGACUGCCAAGUUGAAGCACGUAAGCUUUCAGUUUUAGAGGAAUCCUGAUCUUCGUGACAAUACCAGACAUCAACUCUUUUUACUGUAUUUUAGUGGCUCGCGACAUUACUCCAAUAAUUUGAGCGGUUCUGAGCAAUGUUUUGCAUAUGAUGCCUCCCAUUGGGUCCUUGAGUUUGAGCUUGUGCAUCAACUGUUUUUACACAAUUAUUUUUGUGGCGGGCAAAUUCCUUUGUAAACUUUCGUACUCCAAAUGUAUUAGUACUUUUUUAGUGAUGGCUUCUAUGAAACUCAAUCCAUUAUGGCUGGUGUGCAGAAAGUGCAAAUUCUGGUGUUUUUGGACUACAUAGAUAAUCAAAGUUGAUUGUUAUAUUA